GCCAUCAGCAUCAGCAAAGCCAUCAAUACCCAGGAGGCACCUGUGAAGGAGAAGCACGCCCGGCGCAUCAUCCUGGGCACGCACCAUGAGAAAGGGGCCUUCACCUUCUGGUCCUAUGCCAUUGGCUUGCCGCUGGCCAGCAGCCCCAUCCUCAGCUGGAAGCUGUGUCACGUGCUGCACAAGGUCCUGCGAGACGGGCACCCCAACGUUGUGCAUGACUGCCAGCGGUAUCGCAGCAACAUCCGGGAGAUCGGGGACCUGUGGGGACAUCUGCACGACCGGUAUGGGCAGCUGGUGAGCGUAUACACCAGGCUUCUGCUGACCAAAAUCUCCUUCCACCUCAAGCACCCCCAGUUUCCUGCGGGCCUAGAGGUGACAGACGAGGUGCUGGAGAAGGCAGCGGGAACCGAUGUCAACAACAUUUUCCAGCUCACCGUGGAGAUGUUUGACUACAUGGACUGUGAGCUGAAGCUCUCCGAGUCAGUUUUCCGGCAACUCAAUGCAGCCAUUGCCGUGUCCCAGAUGUCCUCGGGCCAGUGCCGCCUGGCCCCACUCAUCCAGGUCAUCCAGGACUGUAGCCCUCUCUACCACUACACGGUCAAGCUCAUGUUCAAGCUGCACGCGUGUCUCCCGGCUGACACCCUGCAAGGCCACCGGGACAGGUUCCAUGAGCAAUUCCACAGCCUCAGAAAUGUCUUCCGGCGGGCCUCUGACAUGCUCUACUUCAAGCGGCUAAUUCAGAUCCCCCGGCUGCCUGAGGGCCCCCCCGACUUCCUGCGGGCCUCGGCGCUAGCUGAGCACAUCAAGCCUGUGGUGGUCGUCCCCGAGGAGGCCCCCGAGGAUGAGGAGCCUGAGAACCUCAUCGAGAUCAGCACGGGGCCCCCUGUCAAGGAGCCCGCGGUGGUGGCCGACCUCUUUGAGCAGACGUUUGGACCACCUAAUGGCUCCACGAAGGAUGACAGGGACCUGCAGAUCGAAGGCCUGAGGAGAGAGGUGGAGGCACUCCGUGCCGAGCUGGAGAAGAUCAAGCUGGAGGCCCAGCGGUACAUGGCGCAGCUGAAGGGCCAAGUGAACGUGCUGGAGGCGGAGCUGGAGGAGCAGCGGAAGCGGAAGCAGAAGGCCCUCGUGGACAACGAGCAGCUCCGCCACGAGCUGGAGCACCUGAGGGCCGCCCAGCGGGAGGGCGCGCGCAACCAGGGCCUGCGCGAGGAGGCUGAGAAGAAGGCGAGUGCCACAGAGGCGCGCUACCACAAACUGAAGGAGAAGCACAGCGAGCUUGUCAACAUCCAUGCGGAGCUGCUCAGAAAGAACGCAGACACGGCCAAGCAGCUGACGGUGACCCAGCAGAGCCAGGAGGAGGUGGCACGGGUGAAGGAGCAGCUGGCCUUCCAGAUGGCGCAGGCGCGGCGGGAGUCCGAGAUGAAGGUGGAAGAGCAGGGCGACCAGCUGGAGAAGCUGACGAGGGAGCUGGAGGCCAAGACCGGGGAGCUGGUUCGCACGCAGGAGGCCCUGAGCCGCACGGAGCAGAGUGGGUCGGAGCUGAGUGCACAGCUGGCCAUGCUAAGCGCAGAGAAGGACGCACUGAGCAGCGCCGUGCGGCAGCGGGAGGCCGACCUGCUGGCUGCCCAGGACCUGGUGCGCGAGAAGCUGGCAGCCUUGAACCAGGAGCAGCAGCGUGGCUCUCGUGAGCGGGACGAGCUGCAGGGACGACUGGCUGAGAAGGAGUCUCAGGAGCGGGGGCUGCGGCACAGGCUCCUGGACGAACAGUUUGCGGUGGUGCGCAGCGCUGCCGCCGAGGCCGAGAACAUUCUGCGGGACGCGGUGGGCAAGCUCGAUGACGCCCUGCACCUGCGCUGCACCAGCUCCCCAGACUACUUGGUGAGCCGAGCCCAGGCCGCCCUGGACACCGUGAGUGCCCUGGAGAAUGGCCACGCCCACUACCUGGCCUCUAUGUCAGACGCCUCUGCCCUGGUGGCAGCCCUAACCCGGUUUUCCCACCUGGCCGCGGACACCAUCAUCAACGGCAGUGCCACCUCGCACCUGGCCCCGACCGACCACGCUGACCGCCUGAUGGACGUGUGCAGGGAGUGUGGGGCGCGGGGCCUGGAGCUGGUGGGGCAGCUGCAGGACCGGGGGGCUGUGCUGCAGGCCCAGCCUGGCCUGGUGCGGAAACCCCUGCAGGGCAUCCUUCAGCUGGGCCAGGAGCUGAAGCCCAAGAGCCUGGAUGUGCGUCAGGAGGAGCUUGGGGCCAUGGUGGACAAAGAGACGGCGGCCACAUCAGCAGCCAUUGAAGACGCUGUGCAGAGGAUCGAGGACAUGAUGAACCAGGCCCGGCAUGCGAGCUCUGGGGUGAAGCUGGAGGUGAACGAGAGGAUCCUCCAGUCCUGCACAGACCUGAUGAAGGCUAUCCGGCUCCUGGUGAUGACAUCCACCAGUCUGCAGAAGGAGAUAGUGGAGAGCGGCAGGGGGGCAGCCACGCAGCAGGAAUUUUAUGCCAAGAAUUCUCGGUGGACAGAGGGCCUCAUCUCUGCCUCCAAGGCAGUGGGUUGGGGGGCCACGCAGCUGGUGGAGUCGGCUGACAGAGUGGUGCUGCACACGGGCAAGUACGAGGAACUCAUCGUGUGCUCCCACGAGAUCGCGGCCAGCACCGCCCAGCUGGUGGCCGCCUCCAAGGUGAAGGCCAACAAGCACAGCUGCCACUUGAGUCAUCUGCAGGAGUGCUCUCGCUCUGUCAAUGAGAUGGCUGCCAACGUGGUGGCCUCCACCAAGUCGGGCCAGGAGCAAAUCGAAGACAGAGACACCAUGGACUUCUCCGGCUUGUCCCUCAUCAAGCUGAAGAAGCAGGAGAUGGAGUCCCAGGUGCGCGUGCUGGAGCUGGAGAAGACCCUGGAAGCAGAGCGCGUGAGGCUGGGGGAGCUGCGGAAGCGGCACUACACGCUGGCUGGUGGGGCGGCCACACCCGGUGAGGAGGAGCCGUGGCCGCCCUGCACCAGCCCCCACAGCGGGGCCUCCAAGAAGCCACCCCUGGCCCAGAAGCCCAGUGUGGCCCCCAGACAGGACCACCAGCUCAGCAGGAAGGACGGUGUGUACCCAGCUCAACUCAUGAGCUAA